GCCAUGCCCCCAUUCAACGGCACCAUUCCCCUCUCAGUUGCCUUUGAUCGCCCUGAAGACUACUUCAUUUUUCUGUUCCAUAUUGUUUUUGCUACUAGUGCGGUCCUCCUCGCGGGCUCAGUAGUAGUUGGAAUCUUGAGCACGAAGAGUCUUCGAGGACAGAACAGAUUUAUUUUCAUGCUCAACACCAGCAUUUGCGACACUCUGGUCGGGUUCUCCGUUUAUUAUCUCGGUCUGUUCGAUGUGCAGGAAGGAUUCCCCUCAAGGAACGGUACAUACUACAUUCUACCUUCACUUCUUGGAGUAAAUAUCCUUACGUUUCUGUUUGCACAGAUUGACCGCUAUUUCGCGAUUUGUCACCCGUUCUUUUACUGUCGAUACGUUACACGACCGGUUAUCAUCGCAAUUUGUAUGUUUUGCUGGUUUGUCACUUAUCUCAUAAACGCGCUGCAAAACACUGUCCCCGUUUCAAAAGCUGCACAAAUAGGCGCAAUUAGCAUUAUGGCGUUACAGGCUGUAGUCAUCACUAAAAUUUUAAUGACUAUAAGGUUGUAUGUAAUUGCCAGAUAUCAGCUUGCACGAGACCCGCCGAGCGCCGAGAAGGAGAACAAGAAGGAGUCACUGAGAAUCGUAAUAUUCGUAGUCAUGUGUUUCUUAACGUUGUGGGGUCCCUCCUUCGUCAAUAUUAUUGUGAAGCAGACGACAUUUAAAGGCGUAUGGUUCAGGAACGAAGGAACGAACCUCUUUGCCAUUAUGGCGCGAUUUAACGCGCUUAGCACGCCUUCUGUGUACGUCUGGGGAAGCCCCGCGCUGCGCGAGGCUUUGAAGAACACCGUCUGGGGGAGAGUGUGUCCAAAGCGGAAAAGAAGGUAGAGUGAGUUCACGGCGGCGUCGUCGU